AUGUUUUUCUUAUUCCAAUUAUCAAAUUGUUGGUGGGGUCACGCACACUCAUUGAUAGCAAGCAUAGCGAUGAAGGAUUUUUCGUCAAAAGAAAGGAAAAUCCUUGAGAAAUUUUUAGAAUAUGGUCAACAUAAAAGAGCAACCAUUGAAGAAGUUGCUGUUUGGCAAGAUGAUUUGAAAGGAGCUUACGAUUUGGGCAUUAUGAGUAGCUGGCACUUUACUCCACGUCCUUUAAUUAAAGAUGGAUACACUGCUACCCUUCAACCAGUUACGUAUAACAUUACAUCAUAUAUGAAUAGCGCAUGGAAUUCAUUAACUAACCCAGCUACGACAGAUCCAUGGAUAAUUGCAUUUCAUCUUCGUUCGUUAAUUCAUUUUGUUGCAGACGUUCACACACCACAUCACAACGUUGGUUAUUACAGCCAAGAAACUCCAGAUGGCGACAAAGGAGGAAACUUAUAUCAAAUUAUUUGUAAUUAUGGCAGCGCUUGCAUGAACAUACACUUCCUUUGGGAUUCUGCCUGCCUUGCUCUUCCUCUAGGAAAUCCUUUAAUUCCAAAAUAUUUAGAUGAAUUUUCAGAAAAUGUCACAAAAAUCAUGAAAAACCAUCAAAAAGCUAAAAUGGGAGAUUUGGAAACGAUAGAUUUUAUGAAGUGGUCAAAUGAGUCAUAUGAUACAGUUAAACAAUACGGAUAUUCACCUGCCAUCGAAAGAUAUGGCGAAGUAACUGAUCAAUAUCUGAAGACAUGUCAAUCAGUAGCUCUUAAUAGAGUUUCACUUGCAGGAUAUCGUCUUUCAACAGUUCUUCGUCAGAUAUAUAAUGAAAAGAAGAUUUCUCAAUUCGUAACGAUCUCACAAACUAGAGAAAUAUGUAUCUGGUGCUUAGAUGCAAUUUUAAUUCUUAUAAGUAUUGUUCUUUUGGUUUUUUUACUGUUAACCAGAAGCGGCAAAAAGUUUUCAAUAGAAAAUAAGUCAGCUACCUUAUUAUAA